UUUCCUCAUCAAUCUUACAUCAAAUCAUUUCCUAAAAUCAGAGAAAAACAUAGACACAAGGAAAGCAACUUCAAAGAUAUGGAGAUCAAAGUUGAUGAAGAUCAUCAAAGAAGUACUAAAGAAGACAUCAAAAAGCCACUUCUUGAACAAGACAAAGACUUUCCGGAUAUAGAAAGAACAACAUGGAUACAAAAGGCAAUAGGUCAAACGUUUCAAACCACUGCUCAUUUAGCCAAUCUCUUACCAACAGGAACGGUUCUCGCGUUUCAGCUCUUAUCGCCAAUUUUCUCAAACGGCGGUCAAUGCGAUUUAGUUAGCAAAAUCAUGACAUCGACCUUAGUGGCAAUAUGUGGAUUCUCUUGCUUUAUACUUAGCUUCACGGACUCUUACAAAGACAAAAACGGUACUAUUUGCUACGGAUUCGCAACAUUCCACGGGUUUUGGAUCAUCGAUGGAUCCACAACUCUUCCUCAAGAAUUAUCAAAGAGAUACAAGCUAAGGUUUAUAGAUUUUGUUCACGCCUUCAUGUCGUUUUUCGUGUUUGGUGCGGUGGUUUUAUUCGAUCGGAACGCCGUAAAUUGUUUCUUUCCGGCACCGUCAGCUGAAGCAUUGGAGGUUCUCACGGCGUUGCCGGUUGGCGUAGGGGUGUUUUGUAGUAUGUUGUUUGCAACAUUUCCGACAACACGCAACGGGAUUGGUUUCCCACUUUCUAGUAAAUGAUUUGAUCUAUCUAUGUAACUUGUGGUUCAAGAUUCUUUCUUUGAUGAUCCCUUGAGAGAGACUUCUCCACACAAAAAAAACCAUGUAAAUGGUUUCUUGUACUCAAGCUAAUAAUAUUAAUUUUAAAAUUUUAAUUAUAUAUA